AUCUCUUAACAAUUUGAGCACCUUGCUCUACAACAUGCUGACCCAAAGGGGUUUACACAGUAUUUCAGCAACUCUCUGUUUCGAUAGAUUAGCACUGCAGGUUACUAUUUUUGUUCUUAAUACAGUGGUGGUGGCUCUGUCACCUGAUCCACUGCUGCUUCCAACACUGCCGAAUCAUGGAACUGGGGAACUUCCUUCAGCAGUAGUCGACCUUUCUAACUCCGGCUUUGCUGCCCCAAGUCGUUCCUACUCUCAAGACUCGCCACCUGAAGCCUACCUACGUAUCCACAACAACUAUCGAGCAGCGGUUGGAGUUAGACUGAUGACUUGGGACAAGAAGGUGGAGGCCUAUGCACAAAACUACGCCAAUCAAAGGAUCAGAGACUGCGAGCCUGUGUAUUCGAACGGGCCUUAUGGCGAGAACAUUGCACGGAGCAGCGGUUACCUUUCGGGAACAGAAGCAGUGACGAUGUGGGUUAAAUCAAACAAUACCUGCGCUGCGGGAAAGGUAUGCCUUGAAUACACUCAGAUCAUCUCGGGGAGAUCAGUCGGGCUUGGAUGUGCAAAGGUACUAUGCGACAAUGGUGGGACUUUUAUCGUCUGUAACUAUGACCCACCAGGAAACUACAUCGGCCGACGCCUUCUAGAAAGGAAGCGAUUAACUUAUUCGGCUUUAAAGGGACUAGCCCCUGUUAACGGUCCGAGCAUACCGGGCAACGGUCCGUGGAGAGACGGGAAUCGAUCGACGAUCUAUCCGACCAUAAAAGACAAUCAAUCAUCUCCGGUUGCGAGCCCGCCGAGGUCCGCUAUUGCAGACCCACCAAUAGCUCGUACGGUGAUCAAUGGUCUUCCCCUUCAACGAUGGAAGAAGAGCACUGGAAUACUAGUUGGAUCAAUUGUUGGGGUAUGUGCUUUGUUCUCUAGCUUAGGUUGCAUUCUGUUCUUUUUUUGGCGAAAGAGGAAAGAAAGAGCAAUAAAUGAACUUGCCUUUAAUAUGUCCUUUGGUGAUGAAUUUGGGAAUGGUACGGUGCCUAGGGAGUUCUCCUAUAAGGAAUUGUCUAAAGCAACCAAGAAUUUUGCAGAAGAAGAGAAGCUAGGUGAGGGUGGAUUUGGAUAUGUAUAUAAAGGUUUCUUGAGGGAUUCAAAUGCAGAUGUUGCAGUUAAAAGAAUCUCACGAAAAUCUAAACAAGGGAUCAAGGAGUACACUUCCGAAGUGAAGAUCAUUAGCCGUUUGAGGCAUAAGAAUUUAGUGAAGCUUAUAGGUUGGUGCCAUGAGAAGGAACUCUUACUGGUUUAUGAGUUCAUGCCUAAUGGUAGCUUGGAUUCUCAUCUCUUUAAAGGAAGAAGCAUAUUGCCAUGGAAUCUUAGAUUCAAAAUUGUGCAAGGCUCGGGAUCUGCAUUGUUGUAUUUGCAUGAAUUAGGAGAUUUUUGUGUGCUACAUAGGGAUAUUAAAACAAGCAAUAUUAUGUUAGAUUCUGCUUUUAAUGCUAAACUUGGUGAUUUCGGAUUAGCUAGGCUGGUUGAUCAUGAAAAAGGUUUCCGAACAACUCUAUUGGCUGGGACUAUGGGCUACAUGGCUCCUGAAUGUCACAGAACAGGUAAAGCAAGUAAGGAAUCAGAUAUCUACAGCUUUGGAGUUGUGGCACUUGAAAUUGUAUGUGGAAGAAGAUCAAUAGAGCCUAGAUAUGAUGAGGACCAAGCUUCCUUGUUAGCUUGGGUGUGGGAAGCUUAUGGGAACCAAAGGCUUCUUGAUGUGGUUGACAAAAAGCUUUCUAAAAAUUUUGAAAUGAAAGAGGUGGAACGUUCAUUGAUUGUUGGCUUAUGGUGCGCACAUCCUGAUCACAAUAUGAGACCAUCAAUCAAGGAAGCAAUGCGAGUUCUUAAUUUUGAGACCGCUCUACCAAAUCUUCCAAUGGUGGUGGCUCUGUCACCUCAUCCACUGCUGCUUCCAACACUGCCGAAUCAUGGAACUGGUGAACUUCCUUCAGCAGUAGUCGACCUUUCUAACUCCGGCUUUGCUGCCCCAAGUCGUUCCUACUCUCAAGACUCAUCACCUGAAGCCUACCUACGUAUCCACAACAACUAUCGAGCAGCGGUUGGAGUUAGACCGAUGACUUGGGACAAGAAGGUGGCGGCCUAUGCACAAAACUACGCCAAUCAAAGGAUCAGAGACUGCGAGCUUGUGUAUUCGAAUGGGCCUUAUGGCGAGAACAUUGCACGGAGCAGCGGCAACCUGUCGGGAACAGAAGCAGUGACGAUGUGGGUUAAAUCAAACAAUACCUGCGCUGCGGGAAAGGUAUGCGGUGAAUACACUCAGAUCAUCACGGGGAGAUCGAUCGGGCUUGGAUGUGCAAAGGUACUAUGCGACAAUGGUGGGACUUUCAUCGUCUGUAACUAUGACCCACCAGGAAACUACAUUGGCAGACGCCUUCUAGGAAGGAAUCAAUUAAUUAAUUCGUCUUCAAUGUCACCAGGCCUUGGUGCAGCCGCUCCAACCAUAAGCGGCCUCGGCCCGGGGAGAGUAAUUGAUCCAUCAACGAUCUAUCCGAGGAUAAAGGACAAUCAAUCAUCCCCGGUUGCGAGCCCGCCGAGCUCCGCUAUUGCAGACCCACCAAUAGCCCAAUCAUCUCCGGUUGCGAUCCGGUCGAGCUCCGCUAUGGCAGACCCACCAAUAGCCCGUACGAUGAUCAAUGGUCUUCCCCUUCAACGAAGGAAGAAGAGCACUGGAAUACUAGUUGGAUCAAUUGUUGGGGUAUGUGCUUUGUUCUCUAGCUUAGGUUGCAUUCUGUUCUUUUUUUGGCGAAAGAGGAAAGAAAGAGCAAUAAAUGAACGUGCCUUUAAGAUGUCCUUUGGUGAUGAAUUUGGGAAUGGUACGGUGCCUAGGGAGUUCUCCUAUAAGGAAUUGUCUAAAGCAACCAAGAAUUUUGCAGAAGAAGAGAAGCUAGGUGAGGGUGGAUUUGGAUAUGUAUAUAAAGGUUUCUUGAGGGAUUCAAAUGCAGAUGUUGCAGUUAAAAGAAUCUCACGAAAAUCUAAACAAGGGAUCAAGGAGUACACUUCCGAAGUGAAGAUCAUUAGCCGUUUGAGGCAUAAGAAUUUAGUGAAGCUUAUAGGCGGCUAGUUUUUUAUUCCUACUUGACUGUGUAUAACAUAGUGUGCUAGUUGAGAGGAUAAACUUAUCAUGUCCCUUUUAUGCCUUUGUAAGAUGUCCUUGUGAACAAAUGGAAUUUCUGUUUAUUUGUAAUUUAGUCACCAUGGGAAAUUGGCAAUUUUUGCUGCUGUCUCAGUAGCUUAAUUAGGAGAAAAUUAGUGACUGGUAUUGGCUAGUGCUUUUAAUAUGACUUCCUUUUCCAUUGAAAGAUGCACGCCAGAGAAGUUGUGCACAUCUUUCCUAUGCUUUUGCCUUUCAAAAAAAAUUCCUAUGCUUU